GGACUUGAGCGGCACCAAGCUGAGUGGCGAGCUGCCUGUUUCCAUCGGCAGCGCAACCAAGCUCACAUACCUCAAUCUGGGGUUUCUGAAUUUCACCCGAUUGCCCGCAUGGAUCAGCUCCCUCUCCAGCCUCGAAUACUUAGACGUGUCUGGCAUCACGGGCCAGCGCAUGCGCACCGCACCCUUCCCCACGGAGUGGAUGGCCCUCACACACCUGCACAACCUGUAUGCGGAUGACAAUGGGUUCACGGGCUCCAUUCCCAGCACCAUCUCCGCCCUCUCCAACCUCACGCAUCUGUCAUUGGGUUACAACUACUACAUUUCGGGAAGCAUACCCGACACACUGUCCACCCUCAAGUCCUUGUACUACCUACGGCUUGCCACGAACAACCUGUCAGGCUCCAUCCCCCCGUCCUUCACCGCUUUGUCAUCUCUCGCUGUCCUCAAUAUCAAGGAGAACCCUCUUUCCGGAGGCUUGGAGGCACUUUCAAACAUGAAGGAAAUCUUCUACCUCAUUAUCGGUUCAUGCAAUUUCUCGGGGCCCUUUCCUGAAUUGAAGGCGUUAACAAGCAUGGAUACCCUGGACAUAUCCAACAACCGCUUCACAGGAGCCUUCCCGGCAGUCGCGCUCCGUACGAGUGUUACUCUCAUCAACAUGUCCCGCAAUGCCUUCACAGGAGCUAUCCCUCCUGCCAUCUCCAACCUGCUCUACCUGUCAACGUUGGAUGUUCACGGCAAUGCAUUUACUGGCUCUCUCCCUGACAUUCUCUCUUAUGACAAGCUUGCUGAGCUGGACUAUGGCAGCAAUCAGUUCACAGGCGCCCUUCCUACCUCCUAUUCCCGCAUGUCCUCUCUGCAGCUGCUGUAA